CUUUUUUGUACCUGAAAUGGUGACCUUUGAUAGCUCUCUUAAAUGUGGGCACUCUUUGAAAGAAUUUUUAAGCAAGUGAAGAGUGUCAUAAAUACUCUUUAAAAGAUAAAAUUUUUAUAUGAGGGAGCAUUUUUUACUUCAUUCUCCUUGCUCUUACUUGGUGUACCCACGUAUAAGAUGCUGCUGCUCUUUUAAAAUAAUAGCUGAUCGUUAAUUUUCUAAAUGUAGAAAGAGGGGGAAAGCAACUAUAAAGCAUUAUCUUGAACCAGUUCUAGGAAGUGUAUCAACCCAGAAGCAUUCUGCUCAACUUCUUCAAGUGAACUAAGUGUGGUUAAAGUCUGAGUUGUUUUUCCUGUGUGUUAAAUGUCCUUUUAGUAUUAAAAUUUCAUAGUUUCAUAUAUUUGAACAAUAAAGACAUUAGAAAAAUCAUAAAGAGUAUGUUUAGAUAACAGGGCAAAAGGAAAUAACCUAUAAUUUUUAUAACUCAUGGAUUUCUAAAUAUUAUCUAGGAAAUCGGAAAAGAGCAAAAAGGAUUUAGUCGUUGUUCAUUGUUGCUGCUUGAAGGAGCCUUUCGGUGCACUUAGCAGCCAGAGCUCUAGGUGCAGAGAAUGUGUUGCAUACCUUCCUCCACUGAGGCACCCAUACGUGAACACACAUCCGUGCGAUUUACUGAACAAGAAGUUCACACUUAAAUGCUUUCUACCGGAAAAAUGAAAACGUUUCCUCCGGCUUACGCAGGCAUAUCUGAGGUGAAUCAGCCUGCUGAAUUGAUGCCCCAGUUUUCUACAGUUGAGUACGUGAUACAGCGAGGUGCUCAGUCCCCUCUGAUCUUUCUCUACGUGGUGGACACAUGCCUGGAAGAAGACGACCUCCAGGCACUCAAGGAAUCCCUGCAGAUGUCCCUGAGUCUCCUUCCUCCAGAUGCGCUGGUGGGCUUGAUCACGUUUGGGAGGAUGGUGCAGGUCCAUGAACUCAGCUGUGAGGGGAUUUCCAAGAGUUAUGUCUUCCGGGGUACGAAGGAUUUAACUGCAAAGCAGAUACAGGACAUGCUGGGCCUGACCAAGCCUGCCGUGCCCGUGCACCCAGCGCGCCCGGCACAGCCACAGGAGCACCCUUCCAUUUCCAGCAGAUUUCUGCAGCCCAUUCACAAGAUCGACAUGAACCUCACUGAUCUUCUUGGGGAGCUGCAGAGGGACCCAUGGCCCGUACCUCAGGGGAAGAGACCGUUGCGAUCCACUGGUGUUGCUUUGUCCAUUGCUGUUGGCUUGUUGGAGGGCACUUUUCCAAACACGGGAGCCAGGAUUAUGCUGUUUAUUGGGGGUCCCCCUACCCAAGGACCUGGCAUGGUGGUUGGAGAUGAACUAAAGGUUCCUAUUCGUUCCUGGCACGAUAUUGAGAAAGAUAACGCCCGCUUCAUGAAAAAGGCAACCAAGCACUAUGAGAUGCUUGCUAACCGAGCUGCUGCAAACGGUCACUGCAUUGAUAUUUACGCUUGUGCCCUUGAUCAGACUGGACUUCUAGAGAUGAAGUGCUGCACAAACCUUACUGGAGGCCACAUGGUGAUGGGAGAUUCUUUCAACACUUCUCUCUUCAAGCAGACAUUCCAAAGAAUUUUUAGUAAAGAUUUUAAUGGCAAUUUCCGAAUGGCAUUUGGUGCUACCUUGGAAGUAAAGACCUCGCGGGAACUGAAGGUUGCCGGAGCCAUAGGCCCUUGUGUGUCUCUGAACGUGAAAGGACCAUGUGUGUCAGAAAACGAGCUUGGUGUUGGUGGCACGAGUCAGUGGAAAAUCUGUGGCCUGGAUCCCACGUCUACGCUCGGCAUCUACUUUGAAGUAGUCAAUCAGCACAACGCCCCGAUCCCGCAGGGGGGCCGCGGCGCCAUCCAGUUCGUCACGCACUACCAGCACUCCAGCACCCAGCGGCGCAUCCGCGUGACUACCAUCGCCCGCAAUUGGGCAGAUGCACAGAGUCAGCUCAAACACAUCGAAGCAGCAUUUGACCAGGAGGCUGCAGCGGUCCUGAUGGCGCGGCUGGGAGUGUUCCGAGCGGAGUCGGAGGAGGGGCCAGAUGUGCUCCGGUGGCUGGACCGACAGCUCAUCCGACUGUGUCAGAAGUUUGGACAAUAUACCAAAGAAGACCCCGCAUCUUUUAGGUUAUCAGAUUCCUUCUCUCUAUAUCCUCAGUUCAUGUUCCAUCUGAGGAGGUCUCCGUUUCUUCAAGUCUUCAACAACAGCCCUGAUGAGUCGUCGUAUUAUCGACACCACUUUGCCCGACAGGACCUAACCCAGUCCCUCAUCAUGAUCCAGCCCAUCCUCUACUCCUAUUCCUUCCACGGGCCGCCAGAGCCUGUGCUCCUGGACAGUAGCAGCAUUCUAGCUGACAGAAUUUUGCUGAUGGACACAUUCUUCCAAAUUGUCAUUUAUCUUGGUGAGACCAUAGCCCAGUGGCAGAAAGCAGGCUACCAGGACAUGCCUGAGUACGAAAACUUCAAGCACCUUCUGCAGGCACCCCUGGACGAUGCUCAGGAGAUCCUGCACGCGCGCUUCCCCAUGCCGCGGUACAUCAACACGGAGCACGGAGGCAGCCAGGCUCGCUUCCUUUUGUCCAAAGUGAAUCCAUCUCAGACACACAAUAACCUGUAUGCUUGGGGACAGGAAACAGGAGCGCCCAUCCUGACUGAUGACGUUAGCCUGCAGGUGUUCAUGGACCAUUUGAAGAAACUGGCUGUCUCCAGUGCCUGCUGAGCUGAGGACAUGAGAAGGAAAUGGAAGAAAACACUGUCACACUGUGCUCACAGUUGUUUAUAAAGGCUUAACGUUCCUUUUACUUUUCUGCUGCAUUUUAAUAAAUAAUCAAAAGAAGUGUUACAUAACUCUUUAGAUUUUAAUUUGCUUGUAUUCCUUAUCUGUGCCCUUUGCUUUACACCAUAAAAUUAUAAGGUCAUAAACGUUUUGGUACUGGUAGAUGUUUAUAUGCUUUUUGUAUCCUAACUUUUAGAGUCUGUAUAAAAUCAGAACUAAUGUAUUUUGGCAGCUUGCUUACAUGAAAAUCAUAAUGAUCAGAAAGGAAAUAAAUCUGGAUGAAGAAGCACCGAUUAAAAUAAUGCUAAUACAAA